GAACAAUGGCUGCCCCUCCCUCCCGGUGACACGGGCGAGCGGGACGGGAGGAGGGGAUAAUCCUACCACCUUCCCCAAUCACUACAGCAUAGGGUCAUGGAUUUUCCUGGGCACUUUGAGCAAAUCUUCCAGCAACUGAAUUAUCAACGGCUUCACGGCCAGCUUUGUGACUGCGUGAUUGUAGUUGGGAACAGGCACUUCAAGGCGCAUCGGUCGGUUUUAGCAGCAUGCAGCACGCACUUUCGAGCCCUCUUCACUGUAGCAGAAGGAGAUCAGACCAUGAACAUGAUCCAGUUGGAUAGCGAGGUGGUAACAGCCGAGGCCUUUGCCGCUCUCAUUGAUAUGAUGUACACCUCCACCCUCAUGCUUGGAGAGAGUAAUGUCAUGGAUGUGUUGCUAGCGGCUUCUCACCUCCAUUUGAACUCUGUGGUGAAAGCGUGCAAACACUACCUGACUACAAGGACACUGCCAAUGUCGCCACCGAAUGAUAGAGUCCAAGAGCAGAAUGCGCCCAUGCAGCAGUCCUUCAUGCAAUCCAAGAAGAACACUGUUCUUCUGGGGCAAAGAAGCUCAUCACUCACAGAAGCUGCUUCUCUCUUAUUAUCUUCCAUCAUGACACUGUCAUAUUUGAAACCCCAACACCAUGAGGGUGGAGCUAAUCAUAAAGAUGCUUUCAACCCGAUCAUCACCUGA